CCAGCAUGCCGAAGGAAGCAAAACAAGAAGAGCGGUAUUUUUAGGGUCAUUAAUUUUGACCACGUGGCCCGAAGGUAAACCGGAUGGCCGUUGCGCAAAGGCUCCUCGUCAGUAUGUCCUGCGAGGCCGGCACGCCGCACUGGACGCUGACCGCGGUGGUUCUCCUGGGCUUUCUGCUGGGGAUCGUGUCAGCGUACCCUUUACCGAGCAGCAGGACAAAUGCAACUUUACUGGAGAAAAGAUGGGAGACCCUCCUCUCCCGCUCUGUACUGGGGAUCUCCGGGGAGAAACCGGAGCUGAACUGGGAGAGUGACUAUCUGCUGGGCAUUAAAAGAGUGCGGAGGCUCUACUGCAACGUGGGCAUCGGGUUUCACCUUCAGAUCCUCCCCGACGGCAGGAUAAACGGUGCACAUAAUGAAAACCAGUACAGUCUAAUAGAGAUCUCCACGGUGGAGAGAGGAGUGGUGAGCCUAUAUGGGGUGAAGAGCGAGUUGUUUGUCGCAAUGAACAGCCGUGGAAGGUUAUACGGAACGACAGUCUUCCAUGACGAGUGCAAGUUCAAGGAGAGCUUGCUCCCAAACAACUACAACGCCUACGAGUCUCUGGUUUACAGAGGCUCCUACAUAGCACUCAGCAAGCAUGGCCGUGUGAAGAGGGGCAACAAGGCCACCACUGCCAUGACUGUAACGCACUUCCUACCCCGAAUAUGAUGAGCAAAAACUGGCAAUAACAAACUUAUUUGCACAUGUGGAUUAUUUCCCAGGUAACAUAAAUACCGUAUACGUGCGUACAAACACAAAAGACAAAAUGGACUGUAAAAGAAAGAAAUACCACUAUAUCUGAUAGUAUUUAUUCAAACUUUAUAUGUAUAUUUGGGUAGCUUACUUUGUAUUAGAAAUGAUGGAAAUGCCAUUCUUUGCUGCUUUUAUGAUUUUCAUCAUUUUGUGAUAUGAAGGGGAUGGAGAGGUGUCAUUUAUCCCCUCAGUUUAUAUGGGUGCUUGCUGGAAUUGGUUGAGUCCUUGCCCUGUCAGUGGAUGACAGUUCAUCCUUUUGGAAAUGAAAUGGAUACAUUAUUACCUCAAAGCACCAUAUCCUGAGCAGAGGAGGAAGAAGAAAAAGAGAAAUGUGUGCAUGAAAUUUCUACAGAGAAGAAUGCCUGUUUUUUUUUUUGUUGUCAUCCAUCAAGGACUUGGACAUUUCCCAUCGUCUAUGUUCGAUUGUCACUGUCAGGGCAACUAGAGCACUUGCAAAUAUGGCAGUGGUUUUUCUUGCUUCGUCAUGAGGUGGCGGUGCCUUGAAUUCCUACUUGCGGCCCCCUUACCCUUGCAUGCGAGAAACGUGGUGCUCAAGUCAGAAAUAGGAACGAAACGCAAGUCACCACUCCCUCAGACACCACUGGGGGGCUUUAGCCCAAUUCCUGGAGGGCCAGAGGUUUCUCCACUUUAUUUUCUUUCCAUAAUUAGAUCAAUUAAGUAAUUGAGACUCUAUGCUGCACAGGACCCAGUAGAGCCUCUUGUUAAUAUGGAAAGGUAGAUUUAGAGUCAGCACUCACCCCCCCAUCAUGUCCAAGGGAGCUUUGACAAUCCCAGGUUUUACUUUCACAAAUUUUGUAGCCGGAUCGUCAGGCCAGAUUGAGUGUGCGAGUGUGUACUAUAUGUGUGGGCAUGCAUUUAGUAUGUAUGUGGAAUUGCUCAGUUUGAGAACUGCUUAAUAUGAAAGGGUUUUUUUCUCAUUGUGGAGGUCAAGGGGUGGGGGUGGAGGGCCAUGACUAGAAUAUCAUAGACCUGACGCUAUGAAGCAAAAUGUCGAUCCAUUUCUGUCUGCUGUAUGUUAUAUUUCCCUCCAGUUCAAAUUGAGUUGGUGCAACCUGUUGCAUCUGGUCUGUAGCCUUGACAUUUUGUUGUUGAUGACUCACACUAAUUUAUUCGAUUUUGUUUUUUAAAUUUUGAGUUUAUAGCCAAAGUGACGAUGGGAGCUGUUUGACUUUCACACUGGUUUGAUAAUAUUUGGCACUUAAAGUAACGUGUUUAUGCAGAAAUGAGUGAAGUUACAGUGGAUGUCACUGAGUAGUCAGUUCACUGUAAAUUUGAUGGUCUGCUACAUUCAUUUGAAAUAGUGUAAAUACUCCAGUUUGGUUUAGAGAGAACUGGAACUGCUUCAGAGUUCAUGAUCCUGGGAUUUGUGAACAAUACUUCAGGUAACUCAGUCUGUCUGACAUUUAGAUGAUGUGGAUUUCGCUUAUUGAUCCCAGAUUUUUAAGCUAUUUAUGCAUUAUUCAGAUUGGUCACUGAGUCCACAGAAUGGCUUCUUGUGAAAAAAGAACUAUGAGCAAUGUUGCAAAAAGCAAUUAACCAAAGGGUUAUAUCAGCAAUGUUCAUUCAGGCUUUGUGUAUGCAGCAUACCAUACUUGAAUUCAACAACUGCUCGUACUCCUCUUUCAGAUAUUGUAGUUUUCCAUUGUGGAGACGGGGGGGGGGCAAAGAGCAAGUAAUGUUGAAGAUAGCAAUGAUGUACAGAGGCUUUAUAUGGGACUCUGCAUGUGGCACUGGUUGUUUGUUUAACAUGGCGAGGAUGUGGAUAAUGUGGGGUAAAAUGCCUGAGCAUCAGACUGGCGGGCCCCUCGUCAGUUGAUGUCAGACUGGACAGUCAGUGCAGGGCCCUGGGAUUCCUGUCCCAUUGAUCUGAGCCAUUUUUGUACCAAGGUCAAAGAUGUGGGCUUUCUGUCCUGUGUGUUACUUAUGUAGGCAUGUUUUCUGGUCUCUGGACUUUUAACUUGUUGUUUUCCAGAGCUCUGCACCUGUUUCUUGAUCAAGACAAAAAUGGCUGUCUUGUAAUGUGCAAUGAAGAUAUUAAUGACUCUGCACCUUUCUCAUACUUCUGAGCGGAGUCUAUUUAUCGCUGAAAUGAGGUGUGAUUAUAUUUUGGUAUAUUUUGGUACUUAACCUGCAAUAUUCUGUAAGUAGCAAACCAUCAGUCAGGCAAAUUUGGUGAAAUAAGAUUAAAAGAUAGUAGCAAGGCUGUCAUAGAUAUAUGUUAUCAUAUUUUACCUCAUGCCCUUUCUAACAUUACUGUAACGCGUUGACAAAACGUCUGUGAGCGAUGGUUUACGUGCCCUUUAAGCUCCAGCUUAUGUCUAGUAGCAGAGACAAAUGUGCUGUAUCUGGUCAGAAUGAGUGUGUAUGUAAGCAUGUGUGCGUGUGCGUGUGUCCAACUGUGCGCGCUCCUGUCAUGUUCUGUUUCUGCCAAAGCGACAGUAGAGAUGGUAUCAAUUUACCUUGAGUCAGGAAUAACAGGGCAUUGUCUGACUGUGCAAGCUCAUGUACUGUACUCUCCUCACAGGAGAGGAGAAAGACGAGUGGGAUGGAGAAAGGCAACACAGAGGCUACUGAGGGAUGUCUGUCAAAAGAAAGCACUGACUGUAGUUUGAGCUGUGUGAUAUGUAGCAAAAGGCCACUUAAAAUAGAAUCUAAAGCUUCCAGGAAAGGGGUCUGGUGGACUGAAUACUGUGAUCCAAGAGAGCAACUUGACACUCCCAGGAUGUCAUGUUUAAUGUUUUUGAAUAUUGACACCAUAUCAUAAUUGUGUUUAGGGGAUUUUGCCUUGAGCAUCUUACUCAUUUUGACUGAUCAGCCUUUAUCACAUUACUAUGAUCAGAAAAUGAUCACUUGUAGCUUUUUCGGGACUGAUUUUGUGGCAGUGAGGAGUUGCUUGGAAAAGGUGUUUUGGCUAAUUUGUCAAAGUAUACCAAAAGGUGCAAUUUUUUAUGGAGUGCAAUUUACUAAGCAGGGGAAGAUGCUGUUUUCCUUUGCUUUACUUUCAUCAAAACAAGUUGACAUGCAUCAAACGUACUUGUAUUUGAUGACAACAUUGUUUUUAUUACUGUAUGUCAUUUCUGAUUUAUUAUGAUAUGUUUCAGAGGACACUGUCAGCACAACAAGCGAUGAGUUGAAUGGCAGAAUAGGAAUUGUAAAGUUACAAUAGCUCCUCAAGUGGUAAGGGACACCUGAUAAGUUGAUAUUCUUUAGCAACUUAAGCAACUUAGCUUGGUGUCAGCUUUUUAAAGCUUGACAAUUGAAAGUUUAAAGGAAAUAUUACUCUGUUACAAGUUCUACAACUUUUGCAUGACAUUGUUUUGAGGCAGAAAAGGUUGUAUGAUAUAACAGUAACUGAGAGAAGGUAGGUAAUGGUAAGAAAAAUAUCAUCUUUUAACAUUAACCCGUACUUCCUUAAUUCCUCAUUUUGCAUAUAGAGUUCUGAAUGGACUAGGUAUGUGUUACCCCCUUUUAUUAAGGAUCCAGUGUCUGGAUUUUGUAAUUAUCAUACCUGUUCAGCUGGUUUUAAAAUGUGUUGGUUCACAGGGAACUGGAGGUCUGCGGGAGGAUUUGGGAUCAGAUGUGUGUGUGUGUGUGUGUGUGUGUGUGUGUGUGUGUGUGUGUGUGUGUGUGUCCCUGUGUGCCGGCAGCCUUUGUGUUUCUCUCUCAGUUUUCUAUUCCUGCACUGAGGGGAAAGUGCUUCCUCUGAGUCCCCCUCCUCUUUUUUAACAUAUACCUCACCUUCUGCCUUAGUUCCGAUUAUUGAAAUGAUUGUAAAUUAGUUUGAAACAACAGACUUCUCCAAUCAUUUGUUUCUGAAAAAUAUGAUGAUGACGAGUAAGUAAAAUACUAUAUUACAAAUGGUUUUCCUUUUAUUUUUGUACGUAUGUGCUGUGCACAGCAGUCAACUGUAUUCCUGAGAUGAUAAUAAAAGACGUUUUGUAAAA